AUGCUCCCAACGGCCCUUCGCGCCCUGCGCUCUCGCAGCGCAGCGGCUUCCUCCCGCUCCUUCGUCCGCUACACCUCCACCGCGACUACCAGCAACCAGGUCCCCGCCAACGACCCUGUCAAGCGCGAUGCGAAGCCGAACGUUUCCGAGACCAAUGCGAUGCCUACAUCUUCCGAGGGUUCGUUCGACAAGGUCUUGCAGGAGUCUCCAGAGACAGCCGAGAAGUUGAGGGUUGAACAGGCGCCGAACUACAAGGGCAUUUGGUCGCGGAGUCAAAACCCGAGGGAGGUUGCGAUGAGUGGGCCCAGGUUCGAGCAGAGCAUUAUGGAGGAUCAGCCUCGCCCAUAUGCCGCGAUCGAGCUCAUCCACAAGCAGCCCGUUCGCUGGACACACGACCGUACUGUAUCCUGUGACGGAGGCGGUGGCCCUCUCGGACACCCAAGGAUCUUCAUCAACGUAGAUAAGCCCCAGAUCUGCUGGUGCACAUACUGUGGACUUCCAUUCGCACACGAGAAACACCGACCGCUCCUCGAAGCCACCCCUGAACACGAGCUAUCAUACCCCCUUGGACCCAAAGGCGAUGCGGCGGAAGUCAACGAAACGCAGAAGGUUACGGAUGAGCCGCUUGCACAGCGAUAG